CUGUGUUAUUCUCACACCCGCGAGAACCGGUGUAGUUAAGAAAUUCUUCAUGCACAUUAUUCAUCAUAUUUUUAGAGGCAUUAGAAGCGAUACAAACAUCAGAAAUACAGACAUAGGCCAUGGCAGUGAGAGUGUCCCGUAUAGUAUUGUUACGAGGUGGUGGUGGUUGUUGAUGUCGGGAAGACUUGACACACGUAGCAUGACUCGUCAGUAUGCUGUCGAGCUGUCCAAUUCGUGAACUGCCAGAAGGUAUUAUCGUGUGGAGGAUGAGCUUGGACGGGAAUCCCUGUCCCAAGCGUGAUGAGCAGUAGUAGAAGUAGAACAGCCAUACUGGUCACUGGCUGUGUUUCCUGAUUCCAGUAGAGGUUGUCUUUCUGUCCCCAACGGAUUCCUCGAGCACCGUUUGCACCGUGGCAGAUGUCCGAACAGGCGGCACAGGAGAAUCUGCGGGGUCACCACGCCGUCUCGCUCAAUGAUGUCAGCCUUUCGCAGAGAGAUGUGUGUCGUCACCUGGAGCUCACCGACAGCCCCCUCUUUGUAGGUCAGCCGAUCCUUCUAUUUGGAUGCUGGGAAGAGGAAACCCCUGAAAAGGUCGUCAGCUCUUGCCUCAAAUUUCUGAAACACAAACACUGUUUAGACAGACUUUUUACUUAUGAUUCUUCUUUCCAACCCGUGCCUGGUUUUAGAUGGGAGGCGUGGAUCCACUGUGGAAAAAGAUCAGUUAAGACAGCAGUGCGAGUCACAGCGACUAUUUCUGCAGGUCCACUAUACGGGGUCUCACCCAAAGGCGUGCCUAAUUUUUCCAAAUUUCUGACCAAGACACGAUCUCCCACCUUAAAAGGAAUGAUGCAGUGUCUCCCGUUCCGGCGUCCUCCACGCCAGCCAGCUCGCCACCACUACUCGUGUGCCCACCUUGACCCAGAUCCUGCUGGCAUAGCCUACCACUUUUACAAUGCAUCCAAACGUCCCCCACUUCGCCUGCUGUUUUUCGUGCCGAUGGCUGGCUCUGGAAGUAGACCUGUCUGCUUAUCGCUGGUGGCUGCAUCUUAAAUUAGACAGAGAGCCACAACGAACCUGGAGGUCAUACCCGCCCCAAUCCUCACGGGACCAGUGGAUCACUCUUCAGGAGGAUGCACGCCCCAUCCCACUGAUUCUUUCACACGGCGCCAUCGUGCUUGAGGAAGCGUCAUGGAUAGCUUGGCAUCAACCAGAUGAACUCCGCCGGUGCAUGUCGGUGGCGUCGCUUUAUGGGCCAAAGACAAGACACGCAUACCUUAUAUCAAGCAAUAUUCAACAAAGCACAGUUCGACAAGAUUAUACCCUGUUCUUUUGCGAAUACCCAAUUUGGACUACCCACACCAGAGGUGCGAGGGAAAGUCUAGCAUGCCUCCCACCACAACCUGCUUGGCUGCAUCCGAUCCUACGGAAGAACGGUUACUCAGAGGUGGUGGCCAUUCUGCCAAAAACAUAUUAUGCCCAGACAUUCUCAGACAUUUGGCUAAAAAGUAAAAUAAAAAAAAACAUAAAAAGUAAAUACCAGAUUAAGGCCCCCUUGCCACGGUGGAUGUACUCAUCACACCACAACCACUAUUGGUGGUGGCCGUAGUCGGACGUUCUUAAGUCUCCUAAUGACCUGAGUGCAAUUAUGACUGUACUGUAUAUACGUCUGAACAGAGAAUUACUGGGGGGUCCUGGUCCUGUUUUGUUUGUGUAUGUUGUUUGUUUUGCGUGUGUGCGUCCCUCUGUGCGUGUUGUGUGCAGGGCUAUGCUGUAACUGCCUCCACGACGAACCCCUGACCAUCAUCCCUGGACAUGUGGGCGACUGGAACUCACCCCUAGAGGCAUCGCCUGUAGGGUCGAUAACACCGCACCCCAUGAUUGCUGCUACACAUGCCUCCAGCUGGCCGUGGACACUGACGUGUCUGAGUACAUAUGGGAGGGCUUUGAUCUGGGUGAUGCGCCACGUCGCACAUGGUUGACGUACCCACGGCCGCCAACACCUGACACAUGGUACACCCUGCUGGAAGAUUCACGCCACGUGCCGCUCAUCCUGGACAACGCGGACCUGUUUCUCCCAGAGGGAUAAUGGAUCCACGUGUAUCGCAUGAUGGAAUAUAUCCUUGACAAAGGCUUUCUAUUACAAGUACACAGUUACGAAGUACGCCGGUCCUUUUGCGUUGCCUCCACCUAUAGACAUCGACACAAACACGCUCACAUUUUCUCCCCUCACAUACUGCAGACUACUACACGCCAAUAUUGUACUCUGUUCUUUUGUGGGUAUCAGCUCUGGACAUCCCACACCAAAACUGUACGACAGGGACUACCGGUCACGAUCGGAACGCCCAAGUUUAUGUACUCAUGGAGGGGGCCCACCUUGCAGAGGGGGGGCUAUUCAGAUGCAGUUGCUGACACAGCCAAGGACUGUUGGGCCGAUCGCUCUCGAGACAUUUGGAGGGCCCUACUCAGGGGCUGACACGUAAGGAUCCCGCUACCGCUGUGGAUUCGGUCAGUGCAUCCGAACCAUCAUUGGUGGUAGUAAGAACAAUACCUCCUGCCACCCACUCAUGAAAUACUUGUCGGGACAUGUACUUUGAGUUUACUUACUGCACAGAUGGUGUUCCUGGUGGUGCCAACUGCACUGUCGCGCUAUACAUGGGCGGAGUGAGAAUUUUCCUUCACAUUGGACUCCAGAGGGUUUUUCGCUCACUCCUGGUUCACCCAUUUGAGGAUGAGCUUGGGUUUAUAUCCCUUCUUUCAUGUUUGUUUUUGUUAGGGGGAGUGAUGUUGUUUGUUUUUGUUAGGGGGAGUGAUGUUGUUAGGGGAGUGAUGUUGUUUGUUUUUGUUAGGGGGAGUGAUGUUGUUUGUUUUUGUUAGGGGGAGUGUUGGUGGUGUUUGUGUUACU